ACGCACGAGCGCUCCAUCCCCAGCUUCUCUGACCUCUCCCCAACCGUCAAACCAGAACAAUGCUGUAGCUCUCUCUCCUUCUGCCUCCCCACCUCCCUCGCCUUCGCCAAACGCCUAACCUGGGAACAAACCCCCUGGAUCCCCCACACACUAAACUACAAAUCCGCGAACCCAAUCGACGAAGCCGAUGCACACCGCAUCGCCACCUACCUUUCCCUCCGCGGCCACUCAGUCUUGGCUCGAGACGUACAAUGCGCCUUACUCUUCGGAAGCACAAUACUAGACCAAGACCAGAUGACAGGUUCAAUGGGGUUGUAUCCGCACAUCUUCGUCAUCUUUCCCCACGCUACCAUGGUACCUUGUCUCGAUCCCCAAUUCCUCAAGAUCUGGCAUGACGACAUUAUCAAACCGGCGUUCGACCGCGCGUGGAAAGACUCUGAUCUCGCAACAGUCUAUGGGUCGUCGCUAGACACUCCAACACGUGUCUUACCUCCAACCGGCGUCCGCACAUCGCGCGAUACAUUUCCAGCAUCUGGUUUCCUCGAGCGCCUGCGCAAUGGGAAGUGCGGGGCUGUGCGAGACUACUGGCCUAGCUGGAUAGAUAGCUCGUGGUAUCUCGGUCUUGAAGGCAAGUAUACUGGUACACGGACUGCGAUCUACGACGCAGCCUGGGAUGCUAUACAGGGCAUGUUGAAAGACCAUCCGCAGUUAUCUCCGUACCAAGAUCCCAUCUUACUAUCGGUGUCGAGAGGCGUGGUACAUGUGAAUCCCAGGUUGAGCACGAAAGACAAGUAUAGAUGUGUGGCGCAGGAAUGGGAUCGGCUCGUUGAUUCGCGGUUUGUGAAAAAGGGAUCAUUUCAGGUGGUCUUUGAGACUGUGGUUGGGGAUACCCCGGAG